AUGUCUGAGGGUAACAUGGAGCAUGGAAAGGUGCCUGGAAAUGUAGUGGCUAGGUUGCAGCCUGCAAGAGGGAACAACUUAAGCAUGAUGGACAAAAAAUUGAAUCUUUUGAAUGAAAAGGUAGAUAAAUUAUUGAGUUUCCAAGAAGACUUGAAUGGCAAGUUACAAAAGGUGAACCGAGGCAUUGAUGACAUAGGAAAGAACAUUGAUAAGUUAACAGCAUCCCAAGCAUCCACUGCUCAGACUGAUACAACAAAAAGAGGCCUAAAACCUGGAGACAGUAUUCACCCGUCUGAGACCGAAAAUGCGUGCUCAGAAAUGUUGAAGCUGAUGAGAGCUACACAGCAAGAUGCCUUGAAGCACAAGGAGAGUCUGGAAAAGAUAGAAAAAAUGGUUGAUACUGUGGAUAAAGUCAUUACAUUUGUGGGAGAGACAUUCAAAAAUUCUAAAGUAGUGGAUUUCAUUCUGAGAGGCAUUGUACCCUGGAAGAAAGGGAAUCUGGUUGAAAUCCUAAUGGAGACUAAAGAUAAACCUGAAGAGAAGGGUGCUAAACCAAAGCAUGUACCUAGCAACAGAGGAGUCCAGGCUGAAAGCAAGGAGUCUUUGGAAGGUAUAGAGCCCAAAGGAGAAGAAAAGUUGGAUGAAAAUAAUGGAGCAUGUGAAAAAGUAAAUUCUUUCAAUGCUGUAGUCUCCAAAGUUGACUCUAGUCCACAAGUUAAAGAAAGGACAACACAGCUGCAAACAAUAGCAGAUUCUGGCAAAACAAAUAGCUCUAAGAAUUGUCAACCACAAAAAGACACUGUAAUUACAACUUUGAUUCCAAACCAUGGUCUUCCCUUCAUAAAUCAUGGCCCCGUGGGGAACAAGAAUGUUAUUGCUGAAGGAAUUGAUAAGGACAGAGCACCAGGACUGGAAGAACACCACGGAAAGCCUAUUAAUCAGAAAUCAAAAGAAAGUGAAAACAAAGCCUCUACACUCAGUGCUAUGACCAUGGAAGCCGUGCCAUCCACAUCGAAGUCUGUAUCCAGAGCAGGGUGUGAAGUGAUACGUACAAGGAUUUCCAUCAAUGUGCAGAUGACUGACACCCAAGAAAAGUUUCCAGUGGCCAAGGAAGGAAGCAUUGGUGGUCACGGAGGUACAAGUUCCAAAGUAAAAUCCCCUUUCUCCUCACCACUGGAAGUUGAAGGUGUUAAACAUCUGACUGACAAAUUUAAACAGAAUCCAUGUCCUCCAAACACCAGAACUGACCCAAUUCAAGAAGUAAAAGGUGUGAAGCUUGCUAAUAAACACAAUGAACAAGAACUCAAAUUAGGGAAGCCACAGAUGCUAUUGAACAAAGUCUCAACUGAUAAAAAGCCCCUAGAGAAAUCAGAGCUAAAAUGCAACUCCAUAUCCUCUCAAAGCACAACUGAAAACUGUACUAAAAAAGAUCUUGGGGCCAAAAUGAAAAGCCAUAAAGAAACAAGAAAGACAAAGAAAGAAUCCACAAAGGAUGCUAGAGCUGAAUUAGAAUUAAAAUGUGUGGAAUUAGAAAGCACAUACGCAGGACAAAAAGAAGUCAAUGCAAAUCAAUGUACAGGAGAGGCCCCAGAAAACACUACAUCAGUAGGAGCCAGCAAAGCAUUUGGCAAGCAGAAUGAAGGAAUCAUUGGCUGCUCACCCACAGCUGUGCUGAACAGUGCUAUGAUGAGGGAGAACCAUGUUUGUGUUUGCAUCUGCUCCAGAAAGCAAUAUGAUGACAGCCCUCCUCCUCCUGCUCCCUUUGAACAUCGGGUAGUGAGUGUCAAACAAACAGAGAUAACAACAUGCUACUCAGUGUGCCGGCAUGAAGUAUUAGGAGGGGGGCGUUUUGGUCAAGUUCACAAGUGCACAGAGGUGUCAACUGGUCUUAAUCUGGCAGCCAAAAUAAUAAAAGUGAAAGGAGCAAAGGAGAGGGAGGAAGUGAAAAAUGAAAUAAACAUCAUGAACCAGUUAAAUCAUGUGAAUCUGAUCCAGCUUUAUGAUGCUUUUGAAUGCAAGAACAACCUCACCUUGGUCAUGGAAUAUGUUGAUGGUGGUGAAUUAUUCGACCGAAUCACAGAUGAAAACUACCAUCUAACUGAGUUGGAUUCAAUCCUUUUUACCAAACAAAUAUGUGAAGGAGUCCACUACAUACAUCAGCAGUAUAUUCUCCAUUUAGACCUGAAGCCUGAAAACAUAUUGUGUAUAAAUCGCACAGGAAACCAGAUUAAAAUUAUUGACUUUGGUUUAGCAAGGAGGUACAAACCUCGUGAGAAGCUGAAAGUUAAUUUUGGCACUCCUGAAUUCCUGGCUCCCGAAGUGGUGAACUAUGACUUUGUUUCGUUCCCAACUGACAUGUGGAGUGUAGGCGUCAUCACGUACAUGCUGCUCAGUGGCUUAUCGCCAUUCCUAGGAGAAACAGACGCAGAGACAAUGAAUUACAUAGUGAACUGCAGCUGGGAUUUUGAUGCAGAGGCAUUUGAACAACUCUCAGAAGAGGCAAAAGACUUUAUUUCCAAACUCCUUGUGAAGGAGAAAAGUUGCAGGAUGAGCGCAGCACAGUGUCUGAAACACGAGUGGCUAAAUGAUCUGCCUGGCAAAGCCAAGAAAUCCAAGCUUUGCCUGAAGUCCCAGUUGCUGCUACGAAGUUACAUGGCUCAUAGAAAAUGGAAGAAACAUUUCUAUGUGGUUGCUGCUGCCAAUCGGCUGAGAAGGUUUCCGAGCAUGUCUGUCAACCUUGCAUAAGCUGCUGUGGAAGAGCUGUAGGCCUUAGAGCUAGAGAUGAAGCAGAGAGAAAAGGACUGGAUGUUUCUCUCUCUUCCCCCACCACUUCUGCCAUCCUCAUGUUAUGUAUCAUGUGUGUGCUUAGGUACCAGAACUGCCUCCGAGCACAACAACAUAGAAUGAAUUUUACUAAUCUUUAUUAAACAGGAGUUUCCAUAGUUCUGUUUUACAAGCUCUCAGCUACUGGACAUAGUGAUACAUAAAUAUUCGAGAUACAACUCCACUCCUAGCUAUGAUGAUA